CUCUGCCUGCGCUGCUCUAAAUAUUAAUCAUUAUUUCCUGGUUUUUUCUUCCUGGUGAUUUUCUCUCUUUUGGCCGCAGGGACUGCCGUGCCGAUGACGUCAUUUCCUGUGUGUUAUUUUUUAAAGUUUCACUUUCUGUUCAGAACACCGGCGGUUCGGAGCGAAAAGCGGCGUCAUGGCCUUCAAAUACCCCGCAGCCCGCAGAGACCUCAGCCGGGUGGAUGAAUACCACGGAACCAAGAUCUGUGAUCCUUACGCCUGGCUGGAGGACCCUGACAGCCCAGAAACCAUGGCGUUUGUGGAGGAGCAGAACAAGGUGACCAUGCCGUACCUGGAGGGCUGCGCCGUGAGGGCCAGGUUCCAGCAGCGCCUGACCGAGCUCUACGAUUACCCCAAAUACAGCUGCCCCUACAAACGAGGAUCCAGGUACUUCUACUUCCACAACAAAGGCCUCCAGAACCAGGAUGUGCUGUACGUGCAGGACUCCCUUGAUGCUCCAGCCUCCGUGUUCUUCGACCCAAACAAGCUGUCUGAAGACGGAACCGUGGCUCUUAAGAUGGGACGGCUGUCUGAGGAGUGUGAAUACUUCGCUUACGGUCUGAGCAGCAGCGGCUCAGACUGGGUCACCCUGCGCUUCCUGAAACCUGACGGGCUCACCGAGCUGCCGGACGUCCUGGAACGGGUCAAGUUCAGCUGCCUGGCCUGGACCCACGACGCUAAGGGCAUCUUCUACAACUGCUACCCCCCCCAGGAAGGAAAGAGCGACGGCACAGAGACCACGUCCAACAUUAACCAGAAGCUCUUCUAUCACGUCAUCGGAACCAAGCAGUCCGAGGACAUCCUGGUCGCAGAGUUCCCGGAUCAUCCCAAAUGGCACAGCUCAGUCACUAUCUCUGAUGACGGACGCUACGCGGUUCUGUCCAUCACUGAGGGCUGUGAGCCGGUCAACCAGCUGUGGUACUGUGACCUGCAGGAACUACCAGACGGCAUCAAAGGUAUCAUCAGCUUCUGUGUUCUAGGAAUCAUCUACCACUGCGACCUGAGCACCUCCAACCCGGAGCCCCGGGUCUUCAGGGAGGGGGAGGUCAAAGGUAUCGACCAGGAGGACUUCCGGACCAGCCAGGUUUUCUAUCCCAGUAAAGACGGAACCAGGGUUCCCAUGUUCCUGGUUCACUCCAAGGACCUGAAGCGGGACGGAACCAACCCGGUCUUCCUGUACGGAUACGGAGGCUUUGAGGCGUCCAUCCAGCCUUACUACAAUGUGGCCUACCUGCUGUUUGUGCGACACCUGGGGGGGGUCCUGGCCGUGGCCAACAUCCGAGGGGGGGGAGAGUACGGCCUCACCUGGCAUAAAGCCGGAACGUUAGGGAAGAAGCAGAACUGCUUCGAUGACUUCCAGAGCGCCGCCGAGUUCCUGAUCCAGGAGCAGUACACCGCCGCCAGCCGCAUCGCCAUCAACGGCGGUUCUAACGGAGGCCUGUUGGUCGCGGCCUGCAUGAUCCAGCGCCCGGAGCUGUUCGGCUGCGUGGUUGCCGAGGUGGGAGUCAUGGACAUGUUGAAGUUCCACAAGUUCACCAUCGGCCACGCCUGGACCACGGACUACGGCUGCUCUGACGACCCCCAACAGUUCCAGUGGCUGAUCAAGUACUCUCCUCUCCACAACCUGCCUGAGCCGCCGUACGCCGGCCCCCCGUACCCGGCGGUGCUGCUGCUGACGGCUGACCACGAUGACCGCGUGGUGCCCCUCCACACGCUGAAGUUCUGCGCUGCCCUGCAGCACGGUGUGGGCAGCAGCCCUCAGCAGCAGCAGCCACUCAUGGUCCGUGUGGACACGCGCAGCGGACACGGAGCGGGAAAGCCCACGGCGAAGGCCAUCCUGGAGGACACGCACAUCUUCUCCUUCAUCGCCGAGACGCUGGGACUCGGCUGGAAGGACUGAACGGGAUGAUCCUGUUUGGAGUUCUGUUGGAAGCUUUCAAUAAAACUUGGUUCUG